AUGUUGAAAAUGGCAUUAUCUAUCGUUAUCUUCUUUACAGUUUCAAUAUUAAUCAAUGGAUCACACUAUCGAGGUGGCUUUAUCACAUGGAAGCCACAAUAUCCUCAUAUUAUUAAUCAAAACCCAGUGGCCAUCAUUCUUAAACAACGGCAUGUUUGGAGGCGCUCUUCAAUAUUUUGCAAUGAUAUCACGAUCACUACUAAGGGUCUAAUUGGUGGCGGUAGUGUUCAUUGUAUUUCGACAUGUUCUACCACGGGUGUUCUCGCUUCUGUCAGUGCUCCGUGCGUUGCAUACAGUAUAAAGAAUGAUUGGAGCGUUGGUGAAGUAUCUACAGUUAUCAAUGUAUCAGCCAAUGUAAAAUUUGAAGCAGCCUUUCAAGGUGGUUCUUGGAUCAGCACAUUGGAUGUUGGUGCUGGUGGCAGGUGGUCUAUAUCAGCGGAAAUAACGACGAUUCCUCGAUCAGAUGCGCCUUUCUAUUGUGGACAACCACAAGCAGGUUCAUGUAUUUCUGUUAAUACUGGUUCAAAAAUUAACGAAAUUGCACAGUUUUCAAUUGGUUGUGCAACAACUACUGUGAUAGAAGUUGAUAUAUACAAGCCUGAUGGCAUGAUGGUUGGUCCUUUAAAAGUAAAUCCGUCAAACUCCUCUUUAUAUACAAUAAGCAUAACCUGGACACCAACAUCAAUGGAUAUAGGCACUAAUCUUCUUUGUUAUACCCCUUUGGAUGAUAGGAAUCAACAAGGCGAUCAAGUAUGUAUUAAAUAUUUCGUAAGUGAUAAUGAUUCGAAAUUUGCUCGUUUCAAAUAUAUAAAUGGAAGUAUGAAACCUGUUGGUCAAGUUUAUUCAAAUCAAAGUGUUUGGUAUAUUGAAUAUACUAAUGAAGUUCGUCGACCUAGUUUAGAUGCAUAUGUUCAUUUUUAUUCCAAUUCAACAAACAAACAAGUUCAUCAAAUUAAUGUUCGAACUAAUUUAAAAGAUGUUAUUUUUUCAAAGAAUACUCUUACUUUUUUCACUUCGAUUAACUGGAUUUUGGGUGAACAUUAUUAUAUUCUAUUAGACAGGUCAGUUGUCACUGAUCCAAGUGUUUGUGGACCACAAAGUCCACCUGUUAAUGAUGUCAAUUUUUGGACAUUUGAAGUACAAAGUGAAGGUUGUUUUCGACCGAAAAUAAGAUUAAUUCCAAGUGGAACAUCGUUAUCAUCACCAUUACAGUUUCGUCGAAGUCAAGAUUUUUAUAUACUUUCAAAAAUUGGACUUAAUUGUAAUGAUUCACUAACAACAACUACAAAAUGGACAAUAAAUAAUUGCUCAUUGGAAUGUUCAUCACCAGUUCAACUUGAUCAAACAAUCAUAACGAAUUUUAGCGAACUUUUUAUUCCAGCACGAACAUUUCCAUAUGGACUCUAUGAGUUAAAACUAACAGUUACAAUGAAUGCUUCACCAAAUUGA